UGGCUUGUAGGGGUGGUACUAAUGGUGGUGGCACAAGCCUCAAGCGACUGCUUUGCCUUCCGGAUCAGUUGUCAACUGCUUAGCGGCCAGGACACACAUCUAGUCAGCGGAGUAAAUCAGCGCCAGUGAAAAAAGCAAAGAUGAUACCGCACAGCGAGAAUCCUUUUUCGAUCGAGGAUACUUACGUCGAGGAGCCGCAGUUCUCUGAGCAGUGCGGCCACAGUCGUUGUGGACAGCCCCAAACUGCGUAUGAGGUCUAUCAGAGAAUCCUGCUAAGAUUACAAACCCAGGAACAUAAACGCUCCACAGAGGCUAAUGAAAAUGAGAUGAGGAAGAAGUUCUGGAUAGCCAGCUUCACUGGGAGGCCCUUGCAAUAUCAAUGUUAGUUGAACAACGCUCCAAAUCCUUUGUUAAAGAUAUUAAAUAAAACCCCGUGAAAAGAAAAUCAUAUCCGUAGUUGUUCCCUGAUAGCAAAUAUAAUCCAAAGAUAAACAGACAUUUGUUUUAAGCCUUUAUUAAUUCAGCCUUACUUUAGACAUUAAAAGUUACACUUAAGCUACUUACCCAUCAGAUUUAAAAAAUAAAUACUUUUCUUGAAAAAACCUGAAAUAUUUUAGUUAUGCAAACUCUUUAUAUGUUUAUUCAAUGUUCUUUUUUUGUUCAUUUAUAAAUUUAUAAUUGUUUAUUAACUUAUUUUUAGACGCACUUAAAUGUCUUGAUGUAAUCUUCAUUUCGUUUUUUUUUUUUUUUUUU